AUGAAACAAGAUCCGUACCGCUGGGCACAAGCACAACAGCGAAGAGCCGUCAACGAGAAGAGACAAGAAGAGCUACAGAAGGAACGCGAUGCUGGAUGGGGCGAUCAGGUUCAUGGCAUACCGACGCCCUUUAUCGAAUCCUUCGACUCUGCUGGACAAGCAACACUUUCAACACCACCAACAGAUGCGGAUGGAAAUCCGCUUGCUGAACCUCAUCCACUACCCACGUCUCCGCAUAUUCUCAACUACCAGGCUAGCAAGGAGGAACUAGAGGAGGCCAUUGCCACAUCUUACCAGCUGACGAGGCCUCUUGAGGUCACAUCUCGUGGCCGUGUGGACCCAGUCAAGGAGGCCGAGGAGAAGCGGAUCCAUGAAGAGAAACAUGCUCGAGCUUUGGAGGCCCUAAAGCGCCUCACAAGUAUUGAGAAUGCUAGCAGCAAAGGUCGGCUGCAUGCGAAUAUCCGAAGAUGUGUGGAGACCUUUGGUCGGCACAACACGGACAAGACAGUCCAACAGAAGCCUCCUGUUCGUGGACAGGAAGCUCGUGAACCCUUGGCUCGUGCCGGGCCUGACACGGGUAGCUCGGAGGUACAAAUUGCCAUCCUCACGGCCAAAAUCCGUGUCCUGGCCAAGGCUUUGGAGUCUGAGAAGGGCGAGAAGGACAAGCACAACAAGCGAAACUUGAGAAAUCUUUGCCACAGAAGGCAGAAGCUACUAAGAUACAUGGAGCGGAAGGAAAGAGGAAGUGGCCGAUGGACACAUAUGCUCGAGACGCUUGGUCUGACACCGGCGACGUGGAAGCAGCAGAUCACCUUUUAG